AGACAGACAGACAGAAGACAAGCGUGUGCCUCAUGAGCCUUUCAGGUCCGGAUUCUUGUCCUGCAGAGGCCUUCAAACUUUGCUCGGCACUCAACUUGCACAAAAGUGGUUUGUCGACCGUGAGUGGAGUGGAGCUCAUGCCCACUUCUGAGUUCCAAACCGUCAUGGGAAUGUCCUCCAUUCCGGAAUCGGCUCAUGUGCACAGGGUGAAUUUCUGCCCGUCCUUUUCAGACCAUUAUUCCUCCGCAACGGCAUUCGAUCGUAUGAAUGACGAGCAAACGUGAGAUUGCGUGUGGAACGUAGUGGAAAUUGCGAUCACUGCCCUUUCAUGAAGCAAGAGCUUGCCACAGCAUUUCUCUUCCUCGAGUAAUUUUAUGCGAAUUCGCAGCAAGACCCAUUGCUAUGGCUCCUUGGGCUGGAUCUGCGACCACAACGAAGUAUCGUCUUCCUGAUGCAGAUGCAGCCGAGCACGUGCAUCAAGGAAACAAACCAUGUGGGGUCGGCAGGGUAGAAUUUGCUUUUGUUCCAAGGGACGAGGACUUCCUUAUCGUGCUUGCUAUCCACCUCAUACUUCUCAUCACAGACAUUCUGCUUUGGGCAUGAUAAGGAGCGAUCAUUCAUUCUCUCGGUGAUGGCGUCACUGAAAAGCAUGUACAGCCGAGGUCGAAGGUGAUAAUAUUCUGCACGAAAUUGUGGAGCCAGAAAAAAUGCCUAUGGCUUCGAUAUAUAGCUGUAACUGUAGGGGUCUGCUCCACAGAUCCAUACAAAAAGAAAGAAAAAACCUCUGGAAAUUUCAGCAUUGUGCGUUUAAGAACCCUCGACAAGUGUCAUGACACUUGUGUGUUGCCCACUCUUUGCUCGAAAAGACUCAAACCAUCAUCAUUCGUCCGUAGCGAUAGCCUUUCUUUUGAGAUGUUCUGUGUCAAACGGAGAACUUGAAGUCCCCUAAGCCUCUGUACCCAGAACGAUGCAUGCCAUAGGAAGUCCAUCGCUAUCUGGAAAAGGUGACAUGGACAUAAGAAGGUUUGGGCAAUGCAAAAGUGCCUCGAUUAUCAGAUUGGAUAUGGAUAUUCCCCUCGAAUUUCCUCUUCCUGUUCUAUCCAUGAAACCGGCAGGCAUGGCUGUGGCUGGCCGAAAGGGUGGCCUCCCUUUCGGCCAGCUUUCCCUUGGUUGUGGUUCGGGACCAUGUGUCCAGAUUUCUUCGCAUCAACCACGUUGCUUUGCUCCAAUGUCUCGAGGUCGGUGUUUCCUUUCAGAUUCUUGCCUAACGGAGUGGAUCCACACCAAAGGUAGACCCACUCCGUUAGGCACUAAAGUGUGAUCACCAGUCACGAUCGGAUCACACUUUAUCAUCCAUUUUGUUAAACGAUUGCCCAGUUUGGGGGCCAAUGAGGGCGACAAAACAAUCAGUGAGAAAGAUAAUAACCUACUUCAGUGCAAGAGAAGUUUGGUUCUUUCUGGAUCAAGGAGCAUGUAGUACAUCUCCAAUCGUGAAUGCUGCAGAAUCUGUGUUAUGAGUACUGAUUUGGUGUGACGAGGUAUGACACGCAAGAAGAUCUGG